ACCGGAUCUGUGAACCGCAGAAGCUGUGUGGAGGAGUGGGACGUCCCUGUUGGAGGUUCGUUCACCGGCCCUCUGCGCACACAUGUCGGGCUGCAGGCUGAUGAGAGCCAUCAGAGUGAGCCAGUUCGGAGCUCCGUCGGUGCUCAGACUCCGCUCGGAUGUGACCGUCCCACAGCCCGGACACAGACAGGUGUUGAUUCGUGUCCAUGCGUGCGGAGUGAACCCCGUGGAAACAUACAUCCGGGCCGGGACGUACGGCCGUAAGCCCCCCCUGCCAUACACACCGGGCACAGAUGUGGCCGGAGUCGUGGAAACUGUUGGAGAAGGAGUGACAGCAGUAAAGGCAGGAGACCGCGUGUUCACCACAGCCACAGAGUCUGGAGGUUAUGCAGAGUACACUGUGGCAGCCGACGAGUGUGUCCACAAGCUGCCCGACGCUCUGCACUUCACCCAGGGUGCAGCCAUAGGGAUCCCUUACUUCACCGCCUACAGGGCUCUGGUUCACAAAGCCCACGCCAAGGCUGGAGAGACCGUCCUCAUCCACGGAGCCAGUGGAGGGGUUGGUGUGGCAGCGUGCCAGCUGUCCCGUGCUCUGGGUCUCAAGGUGUUCGGGACAGCAGGGACGCCUGAGGGAAUGAAGCUGGUCCUCAGCAACAGAGCUCACCUGGCAUUUAAUCACAGAGAAGAUGGCUACACAGACAAAAUCAUGGAAGCCACAGAGGGCAGAGGCAUUGAUGUGAUAGUAGAGAUGCUGUCAAAUGUCAACCUCAGUAAAGACCUCCAGAUGUUGGCCUUAGGAGGACGGGUUACGAUUGUUGGCUGCAGAGGCUCCAUAGAGAUCAACCCCAGAGACACCAUGGCUAAGGAGAGCAGCAUCAUGGGAGUGGCCCUUUUCCUCGCCAAGCCGGAGGAGAACAAGGAGUGUGCGUCGCUGCUCUACGCGGGGAUGGAAGCCGGCUGGCUGCGUCCGGUCGUCGGCUCCCAGUAUCCACUUGACAACGCCGCCCAGGCUCACCAUGACAUCAUUGAGUGUCCCGGGGCUGCUGGGAAGACAGUCCUGAUCGUGUGAUGAUGUGAUCAUAGCACAGGUUUUGGCUAUCAAUAAUUGGGGAAAUAAUCUUGCUAGCAAACAAUGGUUAUGUAUAUAAAAUAAAUGUAU